AGCAAAGAAAAAGGGCAAAACUAAAACCAAAACCCAUCAUUCCUUCUUCUGCUUCUCCAUCCUCUCUCUCUCUCUCAUGGUACACUAGAUUCCAAAUAUAUACGAUCAAGCAUUCUCCCCUGCUUAGCUUACAAUUCCGAAAUGGAUCUUCAUUAACACUAUUACCUGAAAAUCUCAAGAGAGAAUAAAAAAAAGUUGGAAGCUUUUGAUUUCAUCCAUCCAUCUUCUGUUUUUUUUUUCUGGUGAAUUGUUUGUUUGUUGUGGUGGGGUUUUCUAAAAUUACUUUGAAAAUUUCUGAUCUAAUGGCUGAUGUUGAUUCUGUUCACGACCUUGUCACUGACGGAAUUGAGAAGAGCCUGGUGACAACGGAUUCUAAACCGGAAUCGGAAUCGGACCUCAAACCCAAAUCCGAAACUAAACCGGAACCGGACGUCGAUCAAAUGAAGAAGCUUGCGCUGAAUCCUGAAGCUAAAGAGUUCUUUCCUUCUUACAAGAAGAAGAACAAUCAGUCUCUGUCUUCUGAAGAUUUUGCGACCGCUAAGAAGCUGUCUGGUGAAGAUCUUAAAGCCGACAACAAAAAGGAUGGCAAUUUCCGGAGGAGCAGAAACAAUUAUAACCAAGGGAGGAAAGUGAGGAUAACUGGAAGAGCUUCCAAGGCUCAAAGAGAGGAUAAUAUUAGAAGAACUGUAUAUGUCUCUGACAUUGAUCAGAGUGUGACUGAGGAAGUCUUAGCUGGUUUGUUCAGCAGCUAUGGACAAGUUGUUGAUUGUCGUAUCUGUGGAGAUCCACAUUCAGUGCUUCGCUUUGCCUUUGUUGAGUUCUCUGAUGACCAUGGUGCAAGGGCUGCUUUAAGUGUAGGUGGAACAAUGAUCGGUUAUUACCCAGUUAGGGUCUUGCCUUCAAAGACUGCUAUUCUUCCUGUGAAUCCCACAUUUCUCCCCAGGUCAGAAGAUGAAAGGGAGAUGUGUAGCAGAACCAUCUACUGCACUAAUGUUGACAAGAAUGCCACUGAAGAUGAUGUUAGAACCUUCUUUGAGUCUGCCUGCGGUGAGGUAACUCGCAUAAGGCUUCUUGGUGACCAGUUGCAUUCUACUCGUAUAGCUUUUGUUGAAUUUGCCAUGGCAGAGAGUGCAGUUGGGGCGCUCAACUGCAGUGGAGUAGUCUUAGGAUCGCAGCCGAUAAGGGUAAGCCCUUCAAAGACACCAGUGAGACCAAGAUUCAGUCGAUCACCAUCCUCAAACUAGGAGAGAAACAGAACCAACCCCAAAGAGGCUUUGUUGGUGUUGGAGAGUGAUGAAAAACAUUUCGUUUUUUUCCUUGAGUAAUUUUUCUUUUCAGUUAUCUUUUUUAAUUGUUCUCUAAUCUCUAGAGCAGAGUUAUAUCUCCAGUUCUGUAGUAUCUGGAAACAAAUGCAACAAUGAACAUGCUUUCUGAGUUCUUGUUCUGAGACUCAUUUCAGUUUAUAACAUUUUUCUCAAAUGGAAUUUUUUUUUUUUUU